AUGAAUUCUAAGCUCGCAAAGGAUAGAAAUUUUGGUCUUAUUCACAAGGUGUUGGAUUUUGUCCCAGAGGAUGACAUGGGUAAUGUUUUAUCUGCAUCCGAUUCCACCAUUGGUAGCAUCCAAAACAUCGACAUCGGAUUGAGUUUAGCCAAAUUGUCACUGAAUGAGUCUCAGACCAAUGCGAUACUGAGUUGCAUAUUGGCGAGAGAAUGUCAUAAUACCCAGUCCAUUAGCCUUGUUUGGGGGCCUCCUGGUACCGGAAAGACCAAGACAAUUAGUGGUUUAGUGUGGCUAUUAGAUCAAUUGAGAUGUAGAACACUUAUUUGUGCACCUACCAACAAUGCUAUAAAAGGAGUUGUGUCAAGCUUGCUGAAGCUACUGAAAGAAUCCUCUGGGAUCGGCCCAUGUCGGUUGGGAGAUGUGGUCUUGUUUGGCAAUGAAAGAAGGUUGAACAUUGGUCAUGAUCUACAAGAUGUGUUUCUUAAGUACCGAGCAGAUAGGCUACGACGGUGCUUUGGAUUACAAACUGGAUGGAAGUAUUGUCUUAGAUCAUUACUAAAUUUCUUUGAACAUGAUGCAAUUUUGUACAAAAUUUUUUUUGAUAAAAGCAAAAUUAAGGAUGAGAAGGCCAAGGAUUUAAAUGAUAACAAGCUUAGUAAAGGGGUUCUGUCAUGUGUUAGGCGAAAAUUUGCAUCUCUUUUAAAGAAAUCAAGAGGGUGUUUCAAUAGCUUGUGUGUCCAUAUGCCAACAGCUGCUUUGUCUAAUGUUUGCUGUGAACACAUAAAGGACUUCUUUGUUCGCUUGGACUCUUUAACACUUUUCUCUCAAAGAAAGAUGCAGACGAAAGCAGUUUGUGUUAACAAUAUAAAAUUACUCGAGCAAUCAUUAUGUCUACCUUCAUUCUCUAACAAACUUGCCAUCAUGGAUUUCUGCUUGGAAUCGACCAACCUUGUUUUCUGCACAGCAUCAAUGUCUGCAAAGAUAUUGAAUUUAAAGAAACCAUAUGAGAUUGUGGUGAUUGAUGAAGCUGCACAGAUAAAAGAAUGUGAAUCUUUAGUACCCUUGCAGAUCUCUUCAAUAAGCCAUGCUGUUCUUGUUGGUGAUGAAUGUCAAUUGCCUUCUCUUGUCAAAAGCAAGGUCUCAGAAAAUGCAAUGUUUGGUAGGAGUCUAUUUGAAAGGUUGAGUAAAUUAGGAUUCAAGAAACACCUUCUGAAUGUGCAGUAUCGCAUGCAUCCAUCUAUCAGCUUGUUUCCUCUUGAAAGAUUCUACAACUCCAAAGUAUUCAAUGGACCAAACGUCAUUAAGAAGGACUACACAAGAAGAUUUCUUCCUGGAAAGAUGUUUGGAUCCUACUCUUUCAUUAAUAUUGUAGAUGGAACCGAGAGUUUUGACAGCCAUAGACACAGUACAAAAAAUGACAUGGAAGUUGUUAUCUUGCAAAUUCUUAGAAGCCUUCGUACAGGUGUAGCACAAGUUGCUUCUGUUGAGGAUAAGGUAAGGCAAAUGCUUCCGUUGAGCUCAAAUAUGCCUGUUAAAGUUAGCACAGUCGAUGGGUUUCAAGGUAGUGAGGAAGAUGUUAUCAUACUUAGCACAGUGAGAUCGAAUGCAGAUGGUUCAAUUGGGUUCGUUUCUAAUCCUAAUCGCACAAAUGUUGCACUGACCAGAGCAAGAUAUUGCCUUUGGAUAUUGGGUAAUGAGCCUACAUUAAGUAGUAGUCGAUCAAUAUGGGCAAAUAUAGUACAAGAUGCAAAGGUUCGUUGCUGCUUUUUUAAUGCUAUUGAGGAUGAGAGAAUUGCUAAAGCAAUCGAUAGAUCGUGUUGUUCCCAAAGUGAUACAGAUUCCCUUAACUUCAAUCGCCUAAACAUCAGUGAAAGUCCAAAGAAGGGUAAACAUACGAUUUCGAACUCUACUCAUUAUGGAAAUGCAUUGAAAUAUUCUGAAGCUUCUAAAGGCAAUAUGCCUCUCUCAAGCGAAAAUAAAAAGUCGAUCCAGAGAUUUGCAGAAAUUAUCUGUGAGCCUACUGAUCAGGAAUCUGAAGAUGAUAGUGCUAAAAUUGAUACUGGAGAAUCGAAAAUGAUCGAAUAUACAGAGCCGAUCCAAAGAUCUGCAGAAGCUGUGCAAAUCUACCAGCCUACAGAUCAGGAAUCUGGAGAAGACAUUGUUAAAAUUGUUAUUGAAAAAUCGAAAAUGAUCGAAUGUAAAAGGUCGAUCCAGGAAUCUGGAGAUGGCAGUGUUAAAAUUGAUACUGCAGAACUGAAAAUGAUGUUGCAUGAAUUGAAUGAUGCUGAUAGGAACCCUGCCGAUUCGAAGAUUUCCCAACUGCUCAACUUCUUGUGGGAACAAAUCAGUCAUAAGGUCAUCAUGCUGAAUUAG